GGCCGAGGUCUCGCUGUUGGCCCAAAUAAUGCCGGUCAGCCAGCCUUUCCGGGACACCAGGAGGGCCAACCGGUAUUGCCUGUCAAUCCUGUAGGCGGUAACGCUGGCCAAGAUGUGAUUGGGGCCGGAGGUGGAGCCGAUGAGGCUGCAGUCGUUGCGGUCAAUCCAGCUGCUCCCGCGGCAGUGGCCGUGGCCGUUGUUAACCCAGCCGCUGUAGCUGGGGGCCAGCCUGGACCCCAAGGUGGAGCCAAUGGUGCUGGAGCAGGACUGGCAGGUGCAGGACCUGUUCCUGUCCACAUAGGUGCUGUUGGGGUUGCCGCUCCUGGACCUGUAGGUGGUGGUGGCCCUGCUGCUGUUGCCGCAGCUGCCGCUGUCGCUAACGGGGCCAUCCAGCCGCGUCAAGUUGUCCUGCUUGCCGGUGGCGUAGGCAUUACCGCAUCACCGAAUGACUCAUGCAUCUACUAUUAUUGCAGGAUUCGUAUGCGUAUACGAAUUGAUUUUGGUCUAGCUCCUGAUGCUUUGGUGAGAUAA